CACGUCCUAAAUUUAGGAAAUGGAGCGGGUACAGUAUAACAAACAUAACUGUAGUUGCAAUAUAUUACCAGUGCCACUUGAUAAACUGAAGAAGAAAGAAAACCCAGGAAAUGAGAACGAAGAAGCCGAUGACGAAGAUGAUGGGGAAUGCAACUUGUGGGACGAAGAUGCCGACCAACAGCCACCCUACAACUACAACUGCUGCUUACGGAGAGAGCUGGUACUGGGACAAGCGUUACGCUUCUUCUAGCUCUGGAUCAGGAUCAGAAUCAGAAGCCUCCUUUGAUUGGUACCAGAAAUACCCAUCUCUAGCCCCGCUCCUCCACCUCUACAUUCCCCGCCACCACCGCGUUCUCGUCGUUGGCUGUGGCAACUCUGCAUUUAGCGAAGGCAUGGUUAAUGACGGCUAUGCUCAAGUUUUCAACAUUGAUAUAUCAUCAGUUGUGAUUGCGGCAAUGCAAAGGAAGUACUCCUCUUGUUCUCAACUGAAAUAUAUGAAGAUGGAUGUGAGAGAUAUGAACGCCUUCGAAGCAGGUUCCUUUGAUGCAGUUGUUGAUAAAGGAACUUUGGACUCUAUCUUGUGCGGGAACAAUUCACAAGAAAAUGCUGCUAAGAUGCUCCAGGAGGUUGGCAGGGUCCUGAAGGAUAGAGGCAUAUACCUCCUGAUUACAUAUGGAGCACCAAAUUAUCGACUACACUUAUUGAGAAAUUCAUGCUCAUGGACAAUCAAACUACACGUGAUAGCAGGUAAACUUCUGUCAGAAGAAACCUCACAAUGUCAGGCAUGGGAUCUAACCUUUCCUGUUCCACUGGAUGAUGAUGGAAUCUCUACUGAAGCAGUCUUGGGAAAGAACCCCGAUGUCCACUACAUAUACGUCUGUAUUAAGGACAAGAAGCAUGAAUCCACCAUUUGAGGGCAGGGCACUGUACUCUAUUGAUUAAAUGAUUGCUAGUUAUGAGUUUAAUAGAUUCAAAUGGCAAGUGUGAUUGUGUGACUGUCGAGUUUGUACAAUAGGCAUAGCCCUUGCUUACAUAUAAUUUCUAUGGAUUACCUGCAUUGUAUUUCUGUCAAGACAAAGGUCACCUUGUGGUUCAAAAGUGAUCUUGAAUGUCUUCGAAUUAGUGAUGGUACAACUGUUAUAUCUUGUAGAUUUCUUCUUUCUUUUGAAGGUCAUCUUCUUUCCCCCAAUUAUGCUAGCAUUUUCAUGGUCAACUGUACGCGAAUGAUUAUGCCAAAUAGCUAAUUGAUGUG